CUUCUCUACACCGGGACGCUGCCCUUGCGCCGCUCCGUCCCGGGCUGGCACCGUCCACCUUCCACCGCCCGUGCCUCGCCAACUCGCGGCCCCUCCGCUGCUCCCGGGGCUCCUCGGGACCCGCCGGGCGCCUCCACCCGCAGGCACCAGCUUUUAUGGAAAUGCCCUUCCCGUGAUCUGACCUUGAAUGUUGGGCUCAGGCUGGCAAAAGUUGAUGUUCUGCACCCACAUCUGGACAACUUUACAGAUGCCAUAAAAUCAAGAUUCCACCAUUUAUAGAGCUAAGAAUGUCCACAUAUUUCUCAAGAAUGAGGACCUACAGCAUAAGUGUGGGACAAAAAACUGGUCACUCCGGAGCUGCCUCCUCACAUCGCGGUGGUGUGGCCGAAGUGCUGGGGCCCCUGCUGCAUUUUUAUGUUUGUGCCACCUCUUGGUGCCACCAACAUCUGAAAUCGGCUGUAACCCAGUCUAGGAAUCCUGCUCGGCUUGAAGCCUGGUUGUUUGGAAUGACCUGUCAGCAUGGAAGAUCAUGGGAUUGCUCACAGUGAGGGAGAGCAGCAAACAUCUCCUCGACCAUUUCUGGGAGAGGAAGAAGAAGAAGGUGCAGCUGCUCAGUUCUGUGAUGUGGAUGGAUGCUGGGAAGAAUACGAGCUGGAAGAAAAGUUGGUUGGUAGUGGCAAGAUGGGAACCAAGGACACUUCUGGAGAUGUUGGAGACCAGUCUGAUUCCAGCACGGAAAGCUUGGAGCAGCGUUUGGAUGACCUUAACAACACUCAGGCUCUGCGGUCUGAGAAGAGAAUUCACGUAGCAGCCAUCCAGAGGAACAUAAAACUGCUUGAUGACAUGGCCAGGGAAAAGGAACUGGUGGUCCAGAAAACCAGACAAAAGCUGGAUGCCUGUCGGCUGCUGAUCAAGAUGCUGGCAAAGCAGCUGGAUCGGGUAGACAUGGAAAUAGAGAGAGAGGAGGAGGCUGGCAAUGUCGCAGCCCUGUCCCGCCUGCGGGCCGUGAGGGCCCGCCUGUGCUCUCAGCUGCAGAGGGAGAAGGAGCUGGAGCUGAUAAUUGAUCUGAAACUAAACCAAAGCACGCUGGAGAUGUGGGAGAUACAAAUCGAGCAGGGCAAAUAUGAAGUGCUCCGUGAUAAACUUCGGGAAGAGCAGGAGCAGCUGCAGAGGCACUACCAGCAGCAGAGGGAAGGGCGGAUUGGCAAGGAGAAAAGAACUGCCCUGCAGGUGGAACGGCAGCGCCGGGCCCGGGACAGAAAAGAGGAGAAAGCCCAGAAAGAACAUGAAGAAAGAAGGAAAAAAAUACUUGAGGAUGCCAAAAGGAACCAUGAGAAAGCAGCCUGCUUCCUGAAGCAAAGCACAGCAAGAAUUCAUGACAAAAUUGCAAAGGAAGAAGAGAAAACUCAGGAGCAUAUGGAGAGAAGGAUACAAGCUGUGCUUUCCCUGAAAACCAGCAUCACUUCCAACAGGGAAAAGCUCCAAACUCUCCAAGUUCUGAACAAAGCAAAGGCCUUGGAGGCAAAGAAGGAGGAGAUGAAAAUGAGGGAAGCCAUCCUAGCAGAAGGAGGCAAUGUUGUCAAGGAAAUUUUCCUCCAUAAACGACAGCUAAAGCUCGACAAAGAGGAACAAGCUUUCAGAGAACGGCAGAAAUCAAGAAAAAUUGAGAUUGUGUCUCGGAUUCUGAAAGAAAAGGCUUCUGUUGACAAGCAGAGGGAAAGUCAGUCCCAUGUUAGGGCAAGGAAGGCUCGGGGUGAAGCUGAGGACCCUUCAGUGCCCAGAAAGGAAGCCUGGCCAUGCAGUGAGGACACCUCCACACGUGCAGAUGGAGCCACAGCACAGAAGUCCUGGCUCUCUCCAUCACCUCCUGCCUUGGCUGCUGAGGAAACUGCUCCUGGGGGAGGGAGUCCUGAGGACAGACCCCAGGAAGUGCUCUGGGAGAGUGGGGAUGAUGAGGAAGAGAAGGAAAAGACCCUCUUAGAACCAGAGUUCCCAGGACUUUGGGGCAAGGAAUACGACUUGCACAAGACACCCAAAGAAGAGGUGGAUCCAACACAGCUGGCUAUCAGGGCAGUGAAAAAAGAGAUGGCUGAGAAAAAAAUGGAGGAAUUCCAGCCGGGGAGUUUCGCCAAGCAAAUGGUGCCUGGUGGUGAACACAAGGGCUGUGCUUUCCACAGCAAGCCCAGCUGCAUUCAUUUCAAGGAUUUUGAUGUUGGUCAAACCUACAAAAAGAAGAUAAUCUUGACCAAUGCCUCCUACAGUGUUAAUUACUGCAGGCUGGUGGGGAUCAGUGAAUGCCUCAAGGACUUCAUCAGUGUUCAUUUUGACCCACCUGGCAAAAUGUCUUCUGGAAUGUCCUGUGAAUUCGUGGUAACCUUUAAGCCAAUGGUAAAUGAAAGCCUGGAAGGAGAGGUCCUGUUUGUGGCACAGACAGGUUCUUUUUCUGUCCCACUGAAAUGCACCGUCAAGAGCUGCGUCCUGGCUCUGGAUAAAGAGCUCAUUGACUUUGGCAGCCACGUGGUGGGAGAGACAAUUUCACGGACCAUCAGCCUGACAAACAGCGGAGCUCUGGGAACCAGAUUCAAAGUUCAGACGUCAGCAGGUGACAGGAGCACACCCAGAGCAGCAGUGAAACCUGCCCCUGGGAGGAUGGUGCCUGGCCGUGCCAGUGGCUGUGACCCCGAGCAGGACGGGAGCAGCAGCUCUGAGCACAGGGAGGAGGUGACCCCCAGUGCAGCCCAGGAGCCACAGGGACCCCGCAGCAGCAGUGCCACGGAACAACUUGAUCAAGAAUUGUUGAGUAUCAGAUCAGAUCUGGACCCAGACAACGCACGUGAUUCAGUGGAACUUUCUCCUGAAGAAACACCAGCUGAAAUUAUGCUUGGAAAGGUCACGGAGGGGGAGGUCGGACCCUUCAGCUCGGUGAAAGUCCCGGUGCUGUUUGUCCCAGCUGUCCCUGGGGACGUGAGGGCAGAGUUUGUGAUCGUGUUUGACAACCCAGACUGCAAACCACUGUGCUUCAGCGCCGUGGGGGUGGCUGUGGACGUGCCCAUCUGGGUGCCCACCCCCAGCGUGGAUCUGAGGAUCUGCCUGUACGACCGGCUGUACCAGGACUGCGUGACCCUGCGGAGCAGAGCAACCACCACGCUGCGUUUCAAGUUUGAGGUGUGCAAAGAGGUGAGCAAGCACCUGGAGCUGCUGCCAAAGACAGGCUACAUCCAGCCCCAGUCAGCCUUCAGUGCUCAGCUCAAGUUCCUGCCCAGGCAGUCUCUUCCUGAAGAUGCAGGGAACUAUUUCAAUGCAGAGACAAGAAUCCUGGAGGUGCCAGUGACAGUGGUGAUCGUGGACAAGGCUAGAACAGCCAGUUUUACUGUCCAUGCCAUCGUCUCCACGUCAGAUCUGGAACUCAGUCCCGCAGCAAUCGACUUCGGGCACUGCACCAUCUACGAAGCUGUGCAGGCAAACGUCACGGUCACCAACAAAUGCCUCCUGCCACAGGAGUUUGGAUUUGUGGGGCUGCCAGAGUUUAUUGAAGUUCAACCCAACGAUGGAUUUGGAAUUAUUCUUCCCCUGGAAAGCCUGACAUUGGACGUGAUCUUUAAAGCUACCAAGGCCAAAGAGUACAGCUUUGAGCUCACCUGCACGACAGAGAUUAACAGACAAUUCAAGCUGUCAUGCAAAGCAGUUGGAGUCCACCCACCUCUUGAAUUGUCUCAUUCCUUGGUUCAGUUUGCUGCUACAGCUCUGAACUCUGUGUCUGAAGCCACACUGGACGUGCUCAACCCCCACGUGAGUGGGAACAGCCUCAUCCACGCUGUCCCUCGCAUCGGCUCCGGGGAACCUGCCCCAGUUGGACCCACUUCCUUUGAAUUCCACGUGCCAGAGGAUUGUCCCGUGACAAUUACACCUGCUGUGGGAACUGUGCUGCCUGGGCAGAGAAGCUCCAUCCGCGUGUCCUUCCGCCCCGCGCUGCCGGCUCAGCUCGUCAGGGAGGAGGCAGCUCGCAGGCUGAGCGCAGCAGCUGUGCCAGAGGCAGGAAUUCAAAUUCCCAGUGGUGACCCUGAGUGUCUGGUGGACAAAGGGAAGAAAAAUGACAAGAGAGAGGGAAAGAAACUGAGCAUUUCCAUUCCCAAAGAGCCUGAGAAGAAUGGAGGCAGGAAAAACCUGACUGCUGUAAGGAGCUCUGGAGAGCCAAAACCUGAAGAGUUAAAUCCUGAUUCUGAUGCUUACAGGGCAGCCCAGGCCUCCCUGAUGAGGAGUUUCCGUGGGAGUUUUAAGAAAUACAUCAUUCCCUGCUUUGUUGCAAGUGGACAGGCUGCUGGAGAGAAGGGCUCUGGACACCUGAGCUGCAGCCCUUCCAACACUCUGUUCCUGGAGCUGCACUGCCCAGCUGUGGCCCCUGCUGUCGUGGUCACUGGUGACAGCGGGGACAACGCCGUGGCCUUUGGUGACGUGGCUGUAGGCCACAGGACGAUGAAACGAAUUCCACUGCAGAACAUCUCCCCAGGGAAGGUGGGGCUGGGAUUCUCAGCUCUGAACCCCAAUGGCCCCUUCCUGUUGGUGAGGGCAGUUGGGAUGCUUGAGCCAGGUGAAAGUAAAGCCCUGGUCAUCUCUUUUUGUCCAGAUGAGGAUAAAUGGUUCUUUGAGACCCUGGACAUCAGGAUGGCCAGUUGCACCCUCAGCCUGCACCUGUCUGGGCACGGGGUGGUGCCAGGCACUGUGUGCUCCGUGGCAGGAGUGCUGGACAUGGGCUAUGUCAUGGCCAGGGAGCAGGUGACCUCCACAGUCCAGGUACAGAACACUUCCAGCCUGACCCUGCCCUUCUCCACACAACUGGAGUCGCUGUCACCCACCCGGGACAGAGACCGGCAGAGCAUGCCAGCCUUUCUCAGCCCCUCUGUGCAGAGAGCAGAGGUUGUUGGAACACAGAACUACAGUGGCUUAAGCGUGUUCAGCGUCUCUCCAACAGAGGGGGAAAUUGAGGCUGGGAAGAGCCAGGAGUUGGUGGUCACCUUCAGCCCUGACCACGAGAGUCUGUACUACUCUGACUGCCUCAGGGUCCUGCUCUUCGGCAAGCAAACAGCCCACGAGAUCCCCCUGAGGGGAGCGGCGCGGGAACACCCCAUGUUUGUGGAGGGAGGGGUUCCCCUGGACGUGCCCGUGGAGUCCUUGGCUGUAACAUCAUCUGUGGCAUCCCAGGAAGCACUGAGAGCAGAGCCACAGGAGCCGGUGAGGUCCCUCCUCCUGCUGCUGGAAUACGUGGAUGGAGCGGGCCCUGCAGAGCCAGCCCGGGCAGAGCUCAGGGUGGGGGCUAUGGACACCCCCCUGCUGCCAGCCAAGAAGGCCGUGGAGUUCAGCCUGGCCUCGCUGGCGGAGCUGGAGCGGGCGGGGAUCGCUCUGGAGGAGGCGCGGGGAGCGCUGGACCGCGGGCAGGAGCGGAGCGUCCGCGUGUCGUGGGCGCCACCUGCAGACCUGCAGGUCAGUGACCCUCCCCUGGUGACAGCCCUGCUGACCCUAAAGGGUGACAUCACGGAGUGUUACCGAGUCCUGCUGAUGGCACGAGUCGUGUCUGCCUCUGCUCCCGUCCCGUGAGGGCUCCCGGCCGGCGGAGAGGAGGAUGGAGCUGACACUGCUGGGAAUCCACUGCUCUCUGGGAGACUUGGGGACAUCUGGGGAUUGCUGGAAUACACCAGGGGAGCAGGGAGGAAGGGACAUGUCAUACUUCUGCUCUGUUUCCCCAGAAGUUCUCUGUAAACUCUGGUGCCACCAGUGUCAUUCCCCAGCUGACUCUGGGACAAUAACCCUGUGGUAGAAGAAGGAAUUAAUGAGGGCCCAAGAAGCUCCACCUGCUGUUAAUCCCAGUGUCUCCCACAGGUGGACAUUCCAGCAGGAGUGUUUGCUUUACAUCCACAUGGGCGAGUUUAAACAAGGUCUCUUUUUUCCAAUUGCAGAUGCUUUUUAUAGGAUUUGGAAAAUCCUUGACUUUUUUAAGAGCAGAGUAAAAGUUCACAUCCAAGCCUCCUCCAGCCCAUCUGGGCAGUCCCUUUUCCAGUGCCCUGUGCAACCUGCCUGCUGACACGUGCUCUCCAUCCUUGCCCUCCAUCCUGGCUGUCCAGGAACUUUGUGUUUCUGUGUUUGCUUCCCUCUGGAUUCUGACUAAGAGGAGAUUCCUGCCUCUCUCCAGAGGGCCCUGCAGGUGUAACUUGUGUCAGGAAGAGCAGCUGGUUCAGGGAGAAGUGCAGAGGCAGCCCAGGUGGGCAGUGGAGGGAGCAGGCACUGGAAACAUGGAUAACCUUUGACAUCUUGUGCCACGCUCUGUCCUCAGUCACUGUAAAGCUGUGACAGAGGUCCCUCCCCCCUCUCCCAGGGUGUGUUGCCCUUUGCCCCUUUGGCUGUGAAUUCCCUGGUUUGGGUGAUGCAAUCCCAAAAUGGAAACCCUGUUUGUAAAUGUUCCUGUGGUGACGAGCUGGGGGCAAAGCCACUGUCACCAGAAACACUUCAGCUGGUCUGCCCCUGGGACAGAGGAAGCCUGUGGGAGGGAUGAGGGGCUUCCUUGUUUUUCCAGCCAGUUGUUUGAUCCAUUGAGAUCUGUUCCCAUUUAAUCAUGGAUCGAGUGGCCGUGGAGUCACUUAACUCUUCAGUCUGGAGGCUGCAGAUGCUGCAGCAUCAGAGAGGGGAGGGGCAGGAGCUGGGGGUGGCAGUGCCAGCCAGAGACAGCUCUGCCCUCCUGGAGCCCUGGCACAGCUGGGCUGGAGCUGGGGACAAUGGACUGUGUGUGCUGUUCUCCUGCAGCCUGAGAAGGGCCAGUAAAUCCCAGUAAAUCCCACUCCAUCACAGAAAACUGCUGCACGUGGAGCUGCCCCGGGGGACAGGGACCCAGGAGAGGGGAGUUCCCAGAGAGCAAGAGAAGCACAGCAGGUGGGAGUGAAAGGGUUAUUCCAGGCACAUAAUUUGGGGGCAUCCAUUGUGUGAGGAUCCUUGGAAGCAGACAGUUGACUGGGACAGCUGUGACUGGAAACAACUCCCCUGAUGACUGAGACACACGAGCUGGACCAGAAGGGGUGGGUGUGUAGGUGAAUGCAUGAGCACAGAGCUGGAGCACUGGUGUGUUCUGGCAGGGAUCAGUGCCAGCUCCCAGCAGGAGCUCAGCACGGCAGCCACGGCCUUCCUGCAAGCUCAGCUCUUGGACAGGCCCAGGAUCCACUUCCAUUCUGUGCUCCCAAAGCAGCUUAUCACAGUCAGGCACUGCGGGCAUUAAAACUGCCAGGAGAUUCUAAAGGUGUCACUGGGUCCAUCUCACGGGACCCCAGUAGGGAUGGAGCCCUUAUUGUGAGGACAACAUGGAAAGUGUGACCUCAGAAAUAUGUCUGCAUUUCCUAGAAGCUUAAGUUUUCUGCACUUGUGAUCAUUCUGCUUUCAGACUGAAUUUUGCAGCUGUGAUCACUCUUGGGCCACUGGACACAGACUUGUGCUUUCCCAUUUGGAUCUAAAAUCAUAAACUGCAUCCUGUGCUGAUGCAGCUCUGCUUUAAUAAGCAAUUCACACCCGUGGAUGGCCUUUAUAAUCCUUAAAAGGCAAACCCGGCUCAUUUCUAAUGCAGAACGUACAAGAAUGAGCAGCAGUGUCACCCCCAGCUGAAUAAUUCAUGUCCUGCCUCUCCAGCAGUGACCUCAGCGAUUGCGUCACACGUGUGAGCACAGGUUUUCCUGGGUGAGCCACGGCCCCGUGACCCUGAGCAGGAAAACACUGUGGUCAGUGUGCCCCGGGCCACUGGAAUCACCGGCUUUGGGCCUCGGGGAGCAAAAGUGGGAAUGGCACCUGGUGCUUCCCUGGCCCUGCGUUCCCAGGUGCUCCCAUGGCGUGGUUCCUGGGGUUGGGAUGGCCCUGGCUGGAGGUCAGGAGUCCACCAAAGCACGUUCUCUCUGGCAGGGAACACAAAAUGAAAGGCUCAUGGGUGGAGAUAAGGAAUUUCUGCGUGUGAAGUGUGGUUAAAUUAGUGUGGAGCAAACUGACCCUCAGAGAGCAGUGGUACCUUCUCAGCCGUGUUCCAACGAGGCUGCUUUUAAACAGGGCCAUGAUCUCCUUCUCCAAACACUUGUUUCGGACUCACAUCUCUCACACCACGUUUCCCAUUCCUUUAUUUCUCCUUCCAAGUGUCUCUGACACGGCACAGGGUGGGUUAUCCCCGGAGCACUCCAGGGAGAUCUCUGAGAGCCGAGCUCUGUCCCUCGGUAUCCCCAUCCCGACCUCCCGCUCACGGCGGGCUGGGAAUGGGGCAGGAGCCGGGAAUGGGGCAGGAGCCGGGAAUGGGGCAG